UUGCUGUGGGCUAAGAUUCUAAUUCAUGGGUGUAAAUUAGUUAUGAUUUGAUGUUGUUUCAUGAUAACAUUGGAAAAGGAAGACCAAAAACUCAAUUACUUUACUUCCUCAUUUCUAUUCUCUUCUUACUUGUUCUUCAUUUCAGGCAUAUGAUGAUAUGAGCAAAGUAAUCAAUCAAGAAAGGUUAAACAGCAGCAGCAGCCAUGGGGAAAGUUGAUCAAGAAGAAGCUGCAAAAACAACACUUAAUGCCUUGUUUGCUAAAAAGAAUGAAAAACUCUCUGCAGCAAUGGAAAGAACUAGUGACUGGAUUUUCUCCCAAGAGAUUCCUAGUGAUGUUACAGUUCAUGUUGGAGAAGUUUCCUUUUCACUUCAUAAGUAUCCAUUAGUCUCAAAGUCAGGAUACAUAAGAAAACUAGUGUCAGGAGCUAGUGAUGCAGAUCUUUGUGCUAUAGAAAUUCAUGAUAUUCCUGGUGGCGCAGAAGCAUUUGAAUUGGCGUCAAAUUUCUGCUAUGGAAUAAAUUUUGAGAUUGGUAUUGAGAACAUAAGCAUGCUCAGAUGUGCGGCUGAGUAUCUGGAGAUGACUGAGGACUACGCAGCUGGGAAUCUGGUGACGAGAACGGAGGCCUAUUUGAAUGAUAUAGCGUUGAAGAGCCUUUCGGGUGCAGUCACGGUGCUACAUCUAGCGGAAAAUUUAAUUCCAGUGGCAGAGAAGAUUAAGCUGGUGAGCCGAUGCAUAGACACAAUAGUCCAUAUGGCAUGCAAAGAUAACCAAUUCUCAUUGCUCGGUAAAACCGAGAAUAGCUACGAGAAUGGCAAUUCUUCAUCAGUACCUCAACCUAAGCCUAUCGUACAUUGGUGGUCGGAAGAUUUAACGGUUCUUAGAAUCGAUAUCUUCCAACGGGUUAUCACCACAAUGAUGACAAAAGGAUUUAAACAGUAUGAGCUUGGUCCAAUACUCAUGUUAUAUGCGCAGAAAUCAUUUCGAGGUUUGGAUAUAUUUGGCAAAGGAAGGAAGAAAAUUGAACCGAAACAAGAGCACGAAAAGCGGGUUGUACUGGAGACCAUUGUGGCUCUUUUGCCUGUGGAGAAGAACACCAUGUCAGUUAGCUUUCUUUCGAUGCUUCUACGUGCAUCAAUAUUUCUUGAGACAACUGUUGCUUGCCGUCUUGAUCUUGAAAAGAGAAUAGGAGAGCAACUCGGACAGGCAGUGCUGGAUGAUCUCUUGAUUCCAUCAUACUCCUUCACUGGCGAUACAUUAUUUGAUGUCGACACUGUACAACGUAUCAUGAUGAACUACCUCGAAUAUGGAAUGAACGGAGCCGAAUUUGAUGAUGGAUAUUUUUCACCCCUGCCAAGUGAUAUGGAACGAGUUGGAAAGCUAAUGGAGAGUUAUCUUGCUGAAGUAGCAUCAGACCGGAAUUUAACUGUUUCCAGGUUCAUCAGCCUAGCAGAACUAAUCCCCGAGCAAGCAAGAAUAACCGAGGAUGGAAUUUACAGAGCCGUAGAUAUCUAUUUGAAGGCUCAUCCUACCCUGAGUGACAUGGAGAGAAAGAAAGUUUGCAGCUUAAUGGACUGCCAAAAGCUAUCGCGAGGAGCAUGCGCCCAUGCAGCUCAAAAUGAACGGCUUCCUGUGCAAACUGUGGUUCAAGUGCUUUACUACGAGCAGCAACGUCUACGAGAGGGCAUGGGUGGGGAAUCUCCGGCUUCACGAAUGGGUGGGGAAUCUCCGGCUCAACCGCGCAAAGUGCACAUAUACUCUGCAGAUAACCACCAACCCUCUGAUGAACUUUCAAGGUUACAAAAAGAAAACGACCAACUAAAACUUGAGCUAGCCAAGUUGAAAAUGCGAUUGAAAGAAUCUGAGAGACAGACAGGAGGAGACUCUGCAUCAGCAAUGAGCACUCCACCACAAUCUAGCAAUAAGCCACCAUUGCCUAAAAAAUCAUUCAUAAAUAACGUGUCUAAAAAACUCGGCCGUCUUGUUCGUGCUGAUAUAUUGAAGCCUCCUUCCCGGACAAGACCCGCCAAAGAUCGAAGACAUUCCAUCUCUUGAUUCUUCUUCUCCGUCUUUACCUUAUACUAUAUCAAAUAUACUGCUGCAAUUUGUUUGCGAUUACAGUUUGAAUUACAAAGAGACCAGGUAUUCUCAUUUUGUGUAUAUUACUGUCAUUCUUGCACCAAAAGAAAAUCAAUCAUGUACUGAAAUUGGUGUUUCUACUGCUGCUGCCUGCUGUUUGUGCUAAAUUUUCACAGAAAAUGUCUAUUGAAUUCUCUAAACUACUCUUGGUGAUAAAUAUCAAAUUGUAAUAACAAAACAUAAGAAGUUCAUUCA